AAAAGGAAAUCACAUUUGACAUUAUAUCUAUGAUCUAUGAUCAACAUCCUGUGAACGCGCUUCAGAACGAAGCACAGAUUCUUUUGGGAGUGAAGACGUGCCAAGAUGACGGGUUUCAGCAACAAGCCGCGGAUCGUCGAUGGAAAGGGUCACCUUCUUGGCAGAUUAGCUGCUCAAGUAGCAAAAGAAUUAUUAAACGGAGACAGAAUUGUCGUAGUAAGAUGCGAGCAAUUAAAUAUCUCUGGAAAUUUUGAAAGGAACAAAUUGAAAUACCUUUCCUUCCUACGUAAGCGCUGUAAUGUGAAUCCAGCCCGUGGACCUUUCCAUUACAGAGCCCCAUCCAGAAUUUUCUGGAAGACAGUAAGAGGAAUGGUACCCCACAAAACUGAACGUGGUAAGCAAGCUCUUAGGAGGCUGAAGGCAUACGAAGGUAUUCCACCACCUUAUGAUAGGAGGAAGCGUGUUGUGGUACCUGGAGCUCUCAGAGUAAUGUGCCUCAAACCAGGCAGAAAGUUCUGCCAUGUAGGACGCUUGUCCAAUGAGGUUGGAUGGAAAUACCAGGCUGUUGUCAGGACUUUGGAAAAUAAGCGUAAGGUUAGAGAUGUAUUGUCAAUCCGUAAACGUGACAAACUUAAGAAAUUGACUAAACAGGCAGGACAAAAGGUUGCUAAGCAAGUAGCUCCCUUCACUGCUGUAAUUAAUAAGUCUGGAUAUAAUUGAAAGAGCUUUUAAGUUAAAUAAAUUUAUAAAAAGAA